GUCCGACUAACACUAUUUUGAGCAAUUUCAGAACAAAUUAAGAACCGGAAGUACUUCCCGAGAGAAGACGAGAGGUAUCGUUCUCCUAUUCCGCCAUCUUUGCUAGACUACACGUGAGAUAUUGAAAGUGUGUUUAAAGUGUGUUUACAUUGUAAACCCCGAGUUGGUAAGUCACUUUAUUCUCUUUUCCUUUUGAUGGGUAGUUUUAGGGGCUAGUUUUCCCUUAGAGAGUAAGUAAGUACUUGAUGUGUAUGAAAAUUUUGACAAAAGAAAAUUCCCCAAAAUUUCUCUUUUUUCGACUGAGACCAGCCUAGUCUAUUUACACCAUGACUUGAGUCUGCUCAGUUGUUCUUGUACAGAAGUUAAAAAAGUUAUUUACUAAUACAUUUUUACAAAAUAAUAAUUCACUAAAAUAUCCUAUUGACAUUUGACAUAAUUAUAUAUUUUAUAGAGUGUCUAUAUGAGGACUCUUGUGUCUAUUACUAGGACAUAGCUUUGUCAGGUCCUUGAAGGAGUACCUGACGGAACACCCUUUACGCAUUUCAGGUCAAGGACUUAAAUUGCAUUAUACGUUUAAACCGGGAAGUGAUACACUUCAGAUUCAGGAGAUGACUAAGUUGAUUCCAAAGGACAGGUACGAGGUGAUGUUUCUUCAGAUUGGAGGCAAUGAUGCUUCCUCGCGUUCUCGUAACCUUCAAGCAGAUUCACUUAUUGUGGCUCAAGAAAUAGCUGAAAAUAUCCUCAAUAUUGUUCAAGAUUUGAAGCAUCUGCUAAAAUUUUAAUGGCCAUAUAGUAAUAGGGGCGCUACUAUACAGAUGGAUUACGCCAAUGACAAAAAGGCGACGCUGGAUAAAAACUGUUUCUCACGCGUCAAACGGAGAAAUGCAAUGCUAUCAUCAGAAUGGUAAACAAUUGUGUUUUAAGUAAUUGAGCGACUCCUUACAGCCACACAUGAAGUUAAUAUAAGUUAAGCGAUGAAAGAACUUUUAAGGGAAAAUAUAAAGUAGUUCAUCUAAACUUUAAUGAAUUCUAUGCACAAUAGAAUAUUUUAUGUGGCUUGAAAGGGGGUCGUUCUACUCACCAGCUAAUCAGGAAUAUGUACAAACCCUUGAUAAAGCGUAAAACCUGUUAGAUUUGGGUUGUAGAAUUUUUUCCAGAGAGGCCGUCAAAAACUUGUGCAACUGAGAAAGUGAAAGGAGCCUGCUUUAUGGUCGUCUCCCUAAAAAGGACCAAGAUGGCAACCAAAGGAAAGAAAGGAAAGGAUUUUAACUUGGCUGAAACAGUCUUUGGGGACAAGCUAAAAGAACAAAUCAUGAGGCUCAAAGCUAGAAGGUUAGCACGCAAACUUAAAGAAAAAGAAGUUGAGCUGCAGAAAGAGAUUGGGACAGCCCCUGUCAUCUCAUUGGGGAUGGAGAGGCCUAACCAACAAGCCCAAACAGAAAGAACUGGUAUGGAAGUCAAGACGUCUGUGGAACACAUGACCAACUCCACCUGCCAGACAAAGGCAGUCACUGUGCUGCCCCUUAGAAAGCCAGUGACCAAAGGAUCCCAGACUGCUGUGACCUCAAUGACCCACUCAGCCUGCCAAACCCUUAAAAAGCCAGCACUUAUAACAACCACCAGUGAAACCCAGACUGCUGUGGCACCCAUGACCAACUCCGCCUGCCAGACAAAGGCAGUCACUGUGCUGCCCCUUAGAAAGCCAGUGACCAAAGGAUCCCAGACUGCUAUGACCUCAAUGACCCACUCAGCCUGCCAAACCCUUGAGAAGCCAGCCGUUAUUAGUACCACCAGGAUAACCCAGACUGCUGUGGCACACAUAACUCCCUCUGCCUCCAAGACAAAAGAACAAGCCAAGUCCAAGACCGAGUUAUCGAAGCUGUCCUCCAAGCCACCAACCACAAAAGGAGAAGGAUCCGGGAUUAAGCUAGUUGUUACCAAGGAGACCCUUGCUGAUGUGAUCGCCAGAAUGUGGCCAACAGGGGAAAAAUGACAUUGUUUUACUUACUAAAGGACUAUUUUACUUUUGGAUUUAUAUGAACUUCUACACGAACAUGUAACAUAGGCAUUAUACAACAUACAACUUUCAAUUAAUCAAUGUUUGGGACAAACAUAAAUUUAAGGGGGGAUAUUGUAAAAAUCAAGCAAUUUUAUCUCAGAAAUUAUUUUGGUUAUUCUAAAUUUUUCUCACCUUAUAGCUGUUUACAUUUGUUGGAAUUCUCAGAGACGUAUUGUCUUAACUUCCGAUUGUAUGUUAUAUAUAUUAUGAAUGUUUCUAUGUCCUUGUUGAUUUAUUAUCGCCAGUUACAGAUAUUGAAAUAAUUUUGAAACUUUUCUGUGCCAUGGCGGCCAUACCGGAAGUUGCAUACUACUCUUGAACACCA